AUGGAAAGUUCAUUAGAUUACAUUGGGUGUUUGUCAGGUCAUUCUGAUUGGGUAACAUCAAUAGCAGCUCCUCCUGAUAACGCAGAUAUCGUAGUUUCUGCAAGUCGUGACAAAAGCGUCCUUGUAUGGAAUUUAAGUGAUGCAAAUAAGGAUCAACAUUCGAUAGGUUCUGCUAAAACUCGCUUAACAGGUCACAACCAAGCGGUUAAUGAUGUUGCAGUUUCAAGUGAUGGGUCUUAUGUUGUAUCUGGUUCAUGUGACAAAACCUUGAGACUUUUUGAUGUUAAUGCAGGAAAGUCAGUCCGUAACUUCGUAGGUCAUACAUCUGAUGUGUUUUCUGUAGCAUUGUCACCAGAUAACAGACAGAUCAUUUCAGGAUCGCGCGAUCAUACUAUUAAGGUCUGGAAUGCGAUGGGAGUUUGUAUGUAUACUCUUUUAGAUGGCCAGCACAACGACUGGGUCUCAUGUGUGCGUUUCUCACCAUCAACAAGUCAACCCCUGUUUGUGUCUUGUGGAUGGGACAAGAUUGUAAAAGUAUGGAGCCAUGACUUUAAGCCAACAUGCAAUCUGGUAGGCCAUUCUUCUGUAUUAUACACAGUAACUAUUGCUCCAGACGGUUCUUUAUGUGCCUCUGGAGGUAAGGACGGCGUUGUUAUGUUAUGGGAUGUAAGCGAAGGUAAACAUCUGUACUCAUUGGAUGCAAACCACUCAAUAAAUGCACUUUGCUUCUCACCAUGUAACUAUUGGUUAUGCGCUGCAACUGAUAAGUUCAUACGUAUUUGGGAGUUAGAGCACAAAUUGCCGGUUGCAGAGUUCGCUCCCCCGGUACCAAUAAAGAAUGGUUUGCCAUGGUGCGUCUCACUAACCUGGUCAAAUGACGGUAAAACGUUGUUUGCUGGUUCAACAGACUCGAACAUUUACGUAUAUAAAGUUAAAAAUUAA